CAUAUUGACUAUUGCAUGCAUCGGGUAAACUUGUUGAGACACCAUGGCAUAAAACCUGUUCUUGUAUUUGAUGGGGGGCUUUUACCAACGAAGAUUGACCAAGAGACCAAGCGCUCCAGGGCAAGAAAGGAAAAUCUCGAGCGUGCAGUGGAACAUGAGGCAGCUGGCAAUUCUGCUGCUGCUUUUGUGUGCUACCAAAAAGCUGUUGACAUAUCACCUUCAAUUGCCUUAGGGCUAAUAAAGGUGUUGAAGCAGGAGAAAGUUGAUUAUAUUGUUGCGCCCUAUGAGGCUGAUGCACAAAUGACAUUUUUGUGCAUGAACAAGCUUGUUGACGCUGUCAUUACUGAGGACUCAGACUUGAUACCUUUUGGCUGUUCCAGGAUUAUUUUCAAAAUGGACAAGUUUGGACAGGGUGUUCAGUACCAAAGUUCAAUGUUAGGACGGAAUAAAGAACUUGAUUUUACUGGUUUCACGAAACAAAUGUUACUAGAGAUGUGCAUUUUGAGUGGUUGUGACUACCUGCAGUCAUUACCAGGAAUGGGCUUGAAACGAGCUUAUUCACUUGUUCAAAAGUUUAAAAGCUAUGAAAAGGUAAUCAAACACUUGCGGUACAGUGCUUUCUCUGUCCCACCUCAUUAUGAAGAAAAUUUUAAGAAAGCGAUGUGGGCGUUUCUGCAUCAAAGGGUUUAUGAUCCUAGAGAAGAAGCAAUAGUUCAUUUAUCUGAUAUUCCUCCUGACAUUGGCGAGGACUUGGAUUUUUUGGGCCCAUGGCUACCACCAGAUGUAGUUAAAGGCAUAGCUGAAGGUGAUCUUGAUCCAUUCACAAAGCUGCCGUUCCAGGUAGAGGCAACACGCAAAGAGGUGGUUCUUGACAAACCUCAUUCAGUAAAAGAUUCAGUGUUCGCGGCUGGAAAGAAAAGACUAGAUUUGCCAGUGCAAAAUAAUGUUCUAACUAAUUACUUCUGCUUGGCAUCCCUAGAAGCAAAACGGAAAUUCAUAGCCCCGAAGGUUAUGCCAAAAUGUAAGGAGACGAAGAAAUCAUCUCCUCAGGACUCCAUAAAUCAUGAUUCAGAUUCGCCUGGUUCAGCUGAAGAGGGCACUCAUAUGAUAGACCAUCAACAAAGUUCCUUGCAUUCAAAAGAUUUGGGUGAUGACCUUUCGUCAAAGGAUUCUUUGAUCUUCCAUCAAAAACAGUUCAGAACCCCAAAAGUCAUGCCUAAGUGUAUGGUGACAAUUGAAUCAUCAUGCCCCAGUUCUAACAGUCAUGACUCCCUUUCACCUGGUUCAACCACAGUGGCUACUCCUACCAUAAACAGUCAACUAUCUUCUCCGCUUCUUUCAAGAGAUCUAGGCAAUGAUCUUCUGGUAAAAUAUUUGAUGAAAGGUCUGCCUGCCGAAGGAAGCAAUAAUUCCACAGGACUUCUGUCACAAGAAUCCAAUAAUGAAUCCUUAAGUCCAAAUUUAACUUCGCAUAAGGAACAAGGGUGGAACAUUACGUUGUAUGAAACUGGACAAGUAAGCUCUAGACUGGCUGACGAUAAAAGACCUAUGGAAACAUUGGACAGAAAAGUUAUCAAAAGAAGUCCAUAUUUCCUGAACAAUUCACUGGACAAGAAUGAUACUGAUUAUCAAAAAGAAGAACCCUUUCGAAUCAAACAAACAGAUAAGGGUAGUGGUCACCAUACUGUAACUGUAGCCUCCUCGAUUCAGAAUGAUUAUCAAAAAAGUGCUGCGAAGAGAAGAAAGCUUCUCCAUGGCCAUAAUGUUCCCAGUGAAUCUCAACCAGAGAGGAAUUUGCAUAUUACUUCAGUUGAAAAAGCUGAUAGCAUUCCCAACUUAAAUAACAAGUGCAAAGAUGGGAAGGUUGGAGGAAGUUUUGGCUGUGAUGUUUCUCAUAUUAAGAAAUAUUCCGGUAUAGCAGAAAAAUCCAUGGAAAAGUUUGCUUCACUUAUAUCGUCCUUCAGAUACACCUCAUCCGGUUCUCGUGCCAGUGGUCUUCGAGCACCUUUAAAAGAUGUACAGAACACUUGCCCAGUUAGAUCAACUGUUGGGCCAAUUGAUUUUAGCAAAUAUGCAUAUAAACCCAAGAAUAAGUCUGUUUGAACAUUUUGUAGCAGUCCAUUCUUUGGCUCAAGUUUUGUAUUUGUAGCACGCCAAUUCUCCAAUUCUCCAAUUCUGUAUGUAGAGUAAGUAUUCGCAUUCAUUUUUCGUCUCCAUCGUGGUCUUGCAUUGGUUUAACCAACAGUUAUGAUGCGGUGAUUUGUAUUAAUUAUGAAGCCAGAGAUACAUUUGUAAUUGUAAUUUUAUAGCAAGUGCAGAUCUCUGAGCAGUUAUUUCUUAUGCUAUUUUAAACAAGAAUCCAUUUACUGAAUGCCUUUUUCA